AUGAAGCACGAUCUUGACCCGGAGCAGAGUCUGCUAGACCUCGUCGUCCUCAUGCCCGCGGGAACAGAGACAACCAUUACGGCCAUUCGCAGCAUUUUAUUGCACAUUCUAACGUCGCCUACCGCCUACUACAAACUCAAAGAAAAAAUAUCCAAUGGCAUCAAGGCAGGCCGGAUUUCGAAGCCUAUCAAAAAUGAACAGGCCAAAGAUAUGCCAUAUCUCCAGGCUAUUAUCAAUGAAGGCAUACGGGUGGAUCCGCCUCUAGUCAACGGAUUGACAAAGCAGGUGCCCCCUGGUGGUGAUACCAUCUGUGGCAAAUUUGUGCCUGAAGGCGUUGAGAUUCACUGCAACUCCGUCACUAUGUUGAGGAAUACCGAGGUUUUCGGCGAAGAUGCCGAAGUAUUUAGACCAGAACGCUUCCUAGAUUGCGACGCCGAGCUCAAGAUAUACAGGCAGAGGGUGGUUGAUCUGGCCUUUGGGCAUGGUCGUUGGCUAUGUCUGGGGAAAACUCUGGCCAUGAUCGAGCUGAACAAGAUCUUCGUUGAGCUACUGCGUGUCUUUGACUUCCAAAUAGUCAAUGCAGAAGAACCCUGGAAGCGCACUGUUUACUCGACUUCCAUCGUCAAGGACUUCGAUCUCAGAAUAUGGGAGAACCUUUUGGAUUAG